AUGCCCAAUGCAGAAUUGUACACAUCCGCUCGUUUGAGUCCACUGUCUCUCAGAUACUAUGGUCUAUGUUUGCAGCCAGGGAAUUAUACAGUCAAACUCCACUUUGCUGAGAUAGUUUUUACUAAUGACCAGACAUUUGCUAGUGUUGGAAGGCGUGUGUUUGAUGUAUCAAUUCAGGUCAGUUGA